AUUUUCUAAGCAUACGGGCAUUCGAAGAAUAAAUGUUUCUCUGUUUCUAAAGCAGAACAACAACGUCUACAUUGCCCAUCUCUAAUAAUAUGUCUUCUCUGCAGACUAGAAUCUGUUGCCAACGCCCUCGAAGUCAUUUUCCAGAGAAAAUGUUUAAUCUUUGAUGGAGUAUUUGUUUUUCAAAUCCUUUGUUUGAUGUUCACAUUUCCAUAAAUCUCAUGUCUUCAAUUAUACCCUGGUAGAUGUGUCGCAAGCCAAUAUCCAGAUUUGACACUGUAAAUACCAUUAUCAUUAUAACUCCACCCCAUUAGAUCCAGUUCUGCCUUUCCACUAAUCUUCAUUUGCAGUAUUUUAGUGACGUCUUCUGGAUGGACUUCAUUUAUAACUUUGUGCACAUUCCAACUCCCUCCUCUUUCAUUAAGAAACGUUUGCACCUUUACAUCUGAUAUUUCACCAUUUAUUGAACGAGGUGGUGAAACUAGUAACUAGUUCUUUGUUAUUUAGUAUAAUAUACUUAUUAUUUUAUUAUUUCAAAACAUGCAGAAAACAUAAAAUAAGUAAUAAAUAUAAAAUAUUUAUUCUGUAAAAGGUGUAGAUCUUAACCUAAGUAUGUAUAUCUUUUAUAAUUAUAAAUCUUAAACAUUUUCUAAAUUUCAGACCAAAACAAAUAAGCGAAAUGAGAGUAAACUCCAAAAUCAAUAUUUAUAUCGAGCAAUAACCAAAAUGAAAAAGAGACAUACUAAAAAAAUAUUGAAGGUACAUCGGAUUGGCACGUGAACGUAAAUUUCACACGACUAUAAUUAACUUAAGUUUCUAAAUUAUGAUAUAAAACUGAGCUGACAUAGUUUCAUUGUAACCAAAUAAUAGACCUGAAAUUCUUUAGCCUAUACGUUAGAAACGUUUUUAUGCGAUAAGCGAUUUUUUGACCUAAAACAUUUUUUUAAAUGGGAUCAGCUCAUUUAUAAAUAUAUUAUGUAAGUAACAAAAAGUUAAAAAAAAAUUAAGGGCCAAAAUAUUAAUUCGAUCAAGAAUAUAAAUCUAUUUUUUUAUACAAUAUUUCUUAAAUAAUUUUUAUACAAAUUUACCAUAGGUAAGGCGCAUGUCUUAUCCUAGUAUAUGUUAUUAGGCAUGAAUGAGAUAAUUCAUGUGACUUGUUCAGUUCUAGCAGGAAAGGUAAUACUAAUUACUAAAAAAAGUCAGAAUAAUACAAUUUCCCUUUAAUAUAAGUAUAAUAACUAAGGGGUUGAAGAAAAAUCUUAAUAAGGUACACGUGGUUACCUUUUUGACAAAUUUAGUAAGUAAUACAUAUACUGUUUAAAUUGAGAUAUUCGACUGCCACGUAUUAACAUUGUAGAUACUAAAGAAAAUAAUACCAAACAAAAGAACUCUUAUAAAUGUUCAAUUCUUUUUUGUUUUUGUCAGCAAAUGUUCUAUUCUAAAUAUCUAAAUGAAUUUAUUGGUUAUCACCCAGUAGAUAAAACAUGGUUAUCACCUGAGUAUUUUCUAAUUUGAACUUGAAACAAUCAUUAAAUAUUUAAAUUACUACCACAUUUUUUGGGAGUAUCUUAAAUUAGAAUAAAAAAAUUUAUAAUUGCUUUAAUUUAAAUAAUAUCACGUUUAUAAUAAAUAUUACUACCACUUUUUUUACAUUUUUAAUUUAUUAUAAAUGCAAUAUUAUUUACAAAUAAAAAAUGUAGCAAAAUUUAUGUUCUCAGUGAUACUAGAACAAUUGUUUCCAAAGUUUUAUUUGAAUUAAAGAUGUAUAUAUUAAAGAAUUCAUUCCAAAAUCUCAUAUAAAGUUCACUUGGACUCAUUUCUAUCUUGUGAAUUUAUCAUUAAAUGUUUUUCAUGAUUAUAUCAGAUAUUUUAAUAUACAUUUAUAAAUUAACUAUGUUUAUAUGGAGUCAUGUUUAUCUUAUAAUCUGAUACUUAUUAUUUUCAUAGUAUUUUUUAUUUAUUAUAUAUCUAAAUGUUAUAAUUAAUUAUUCCACGCGUCAGAAUAUAAGUCAAAUAAUAUCUAGUAAAUUUAUAUUUCAAAUUUACUUUAUAGUGUAUUAUAUGUUUAUGCACACAAAUUAGUUAUAAUAUAUGAGUAAUCAAUUUAAUUAGCUAAAAACAACUGGCAAGAGGAAAUCAGCAAACAAACAUUAUAAAUACAAAUUAAAAGAUCUGAUAUGAAUAAAGAGGGAAAUAAAUAAAAAUACAAUUUCUCCAAACAAAAAAAAAAUAUAUAUAUAUAUAUAUAUAUAUCAAAAGGAGAGCAAAUAUUCUAAGAACAUUGAUACACUUACCUUACCAAUACACGAUAUAUGUAUAGAUUUGUAUAUCUAUAUAAAUAGCUAGAGUCACCCCAAGUCUAUAGCUAAACUGAAAAGGACAAGAAGCUUUCACAUGACCCGAGCCACACCAUUCAUGGGGCCCUUUUACUCUCUCUAGGAAGUGAUCUUCAAUCUAUCAUCGAGAAAUUCUCUUAAACCACAAUUUUUUCCAACACUUUAAAGCCAUCUAGAGAGAGAAAGUGAGAGAAAAUAAGAGAGAUCUCCAAUUUGAACUUGAGACACCAUUGAUUUCAUUUUCAGCUUUAUAAAAUAUUUUUGGAGUCAACGAAAAUAUCUAAGAAGAAGCAAACACAAAGAGAUUUUGUGUUGGGUCAUCAUCUUGUCAAGAAAAUCACUCAUCAGAUCCAUAGAAAAAGGUUGACUACUUUUUGAAAGAUCUUGAAUUGGUUCAUCCUCUUGUCAAAAAGAUAUGUCAACCAGGGCGAGCACUCACCAAGAACCAGCAGAGAACGGAGCUAGUGGUUCAGACAACAACAACAACAACUUCAACUCGGCGAUGAGAGAGCCCAUGUUCCAGAAAGUGCUUACACCAAGCGACGUCGGGAAACUAAACCGGCUCGUGAUUCCAAAGCAACAUGCAGAGAACUACUUCCCGUUAGAGGACAAUCAAACCGGCACGCUGUUGGAUUUCCAAGACAAAAACGGCAAGAUGUGGAGGUUCCGUUACUCGUAUUGGAACAGUAGCCAGAGCUACGUGAUGACCAAAGGAUGGAGCCGUUUCGUCAAAGAGAAGAAACUCAACAACGGAGACACCGUCUCGUUCCACCGUGGCUACGUCCCCGACGACAACGAACCGGAGCAACGAAGGAACAUAUUGUUCAUCGACUGGAGGAAUAGACCAGACACAAACCUCUUACACAACAUUAAUCAUCAUCACUACCCGAUCUUGGGGCCUCCUCCUUAUCCAACGGCUAGUUAUUAUCCUGUGACAGAAUAUUCCAUGCCGCAUUACGGGAGGUUUCCAUCUUUAUAUCAUAACCAGUUUCUAGGGUAUGGUUAUGGACCUUAUGGUAAAACUGUUACUGGAGGGCGUUACUACGCCGGAUCACCAUUGGAUCAUCAUCAUCGGUGGAAUCUUGGUAGAUCUGAGCCGUUCUUUUAUGACUCCUGUCCUGUUUUUCCAACGACGAGGUUGACUUCGUCCUUGGCGAUGUUGCCGUCUUCUCCUCCUUCUCAGCCGCCGCAGGAGGGGACGGCCAAGAAGCUAAGGCUGUUUGGGUUCGAUGUAGAGGAGUCUUCUUCUUCAGGGGAGGCACGUGCCGAAAUGGGUGUUGCUGGGCACUCUUCUUCUUCUCCGGUUGUGAUUAGAGAUAAUGAAUCAUCAUGGAGGUCGCCACGUGGAGAAAUGGGUGGAUUGUCUUCUUCGGUUGUGAACUUAAGCGAUGACGAAGACUAUAAAAGGAAAGGGAAGUCUUUAGAAUUUUAGACAGAUAAUUUCAUUUAUGUUCACCUCCAUUUUCUCUAAUUACCUUUUACUAUUUCCUCCUUUUAAGUUAGUUCCAACAUAAAAAUCAUAAGAAGCUAAUUUGCAAUUGGUGAAUUACAAUGUCGUGAGGAACUUAACCGGGCUCACAUUAUAUGUAUUGGUAUUAAGAUGUUUGGUUUCAUAGUUGUUGAGCCCUAGUCACCAUGUUGAAAACCCCCCACCUUUCAAUAUUCUAUUAAGCUUUUGUUCCAAAAAACUAAAAAGUAUUUUUAUGACGCUAAUAUAUAAAUAAAUUUAUCAUAUUUAUACCAUCUCGGUUUUUUUAUUACACAAACUCAUAUGAUACAUACCAAUCCAUAAAUCAAAAGUGCUUAAUUUUUCAGCUUGAAUAUAUUUUUAAUAAUUUGAGCUGGAUGUGGGAAGGAUAAAAACGCUUAUAAAUUUUUGAAAUUGUACUCUCUGUGCCUAUCUCUAGCUAAGCUGACAAAGUUCCAUGGUACAUUCUAACCUAAUGGAGAGUUCCAAAAGUUCUCUCUCUCUCUAACCCAUAUGGUCCAGUUUGUUUGGUACUGUUGUAUUUGCUUGAUUUAAAGAGAAUUGUAGCUUAUGGCAGAGGACAAAAAAAGGGAAGCUAUGAAAUGACAAUUUCAAGUUACAAUAAUAAGUUUGAAGAAAUAAACACAAAAGAUGUGUAUAUCUUUCAUCUUUCUUUUCUUUUACUUUACCCCAAAAAAGAAAACUUCUACUACCUCUCAUUUACUUUGUUAGUUUCUUGUUUCGUUAAUUGCUUGUAACCGUCAGUCUUUGCGACCGUACGUGUCAGGUCCUAAUUACAAGUUAAAGAUUAUUUAAGUUAGGGAUCUUGUUGAUGUCAUAAGACCAAUAUCAUAUGCAAAUUAUUGUAGAUGCACUCAUCAUAUGCUGGAAUAGCCAUGAUAAAAGCAAUAGAAAACAAAAUUAGUUUGGGGUUGCAAUUUUUUAUAUUAAAAAUUAUGAUUUCAAUGCGCGGAUCUUCAAAAUCAGGCUAUGUUAGGACUAGCUUUCUUUAAUCUAGUCGAUCGUCAAAUUUACUAGAAAACAAAGAAUUAUAUAACAACUUUCGUAUUAGCUUUACAAACUACUCGAAACUAAAGUUUUCAAUGUUUCUCUCUUAGAUCUUUUGGAACACUUCUCCAUUAUACCUAUAUUUAUAUAAACUUUAACAUGUGGGAUAUGAAAAACACAAACAUAACCUAAAUAAAAACUUCCUUUUUCUAUUUGUAGGUUUUCUUAUUGUGUUUAUCUUAACAUAUUAAACAUCUAAUAAUAUGUUAAGUUUCCACAAACUUGAAAUUAUCUAACAUUCACCUCCUUAGUUCUAAUUUGAAUUAGGGAGAUCAAUUUCUUGAACUCCGAUUAAGCUCCUCAUUUGCUUGAACGUAAUCCUUGCUAAUGGUUUGGUAAUGAUGUCGGCCUUCUGCUGAACACCCAACACAUGCUCCACUUUGAUCUGUGCAUUAUCCACACACUCACGAAUGAAGUGAUACUUCUUGAGUACAUGCUUACUCCUUCCAUGGAAAAUUGGAUUCUUUGUUAGAGCAGUGGCUGAUUUGUUGUCGAUCCUAAGCUUGACCUUCUCGCCUUCUUUGCUUAGUAUCUCACUCAACAAUUCCUUGAUCCAUAUAGCUUGCUUCGCUGCUUUUGUUGCUGCCAUGAAUUCUGCUUCGCAUGAUGACAAUGCAACUGUUUGCUGCUUCUGCGAUGUCCAAGUGAUUAGUGAUGAAUCGUAGUAGAAUGCAUGUCCUGACGUGCUCCUCCCGUCAUCGAGAUCAAUGUUGUGACUGCUGUCACUAUAACCAACGACACUCCUUGACCCAUCUCUCUUGAAGAACAGACCGAAGUUUGUUGUUCCUUUCACAUACCACAAUAUGUGUUUGAUGGCUUGUCUGUGAGAGUCUCUAGGAUUGUGCAUGUAUUUGCUAAGAACACCUACUGCGUAACACAUGUCGGGUCUUGUAUGAAGCAGAUACCUCAAAUAUCCUAUGAUUCUUCUGAACUUGGUAGCAUCUAUCUCUCAUUCAUCUUCAGCUUUUGAGAUCUUCAAAUUCGCCUCCAUUAGAAUUUGAGUUGCGUUACACAUUUCCAUCUUUGUGUCACACAAGAUUCCUUGAGCAUACCUCUCUUGCUUUAGUUCCUGUCACAAAUAGAUCAUCAACGUAGAUGACUAUGAUCAAGACGUCUCCUCCUUCAGUCUUGCGAUACACUGAUGGUUCCUUCGUGCACUUCUCAAAUCUCAUCUCCUUGAGAACCUGAUCAAGCUUUACAUUCCAUGCUAUUGGUGUCUGGCGUAACACAUGCAACGUCUUGUGAAACACACAAACUCGAUCUUCUUCUUUUUUCUUCUCAGAACCAGUCGGUCUAUCUACAAACUCCCAUAUCUUGUUUCUUGUGAUAAACUCCAACUCGUCUACCAUAGCUUCAAUCAAGUUUUCUUCGCAAACUAGAUUGAACACAUUUGAGGCAAACUCUCCUCCUCUAUCGGUGCAUACUAAAUUGAACACAGCUGAGGAAACCUCUCCUCCUCUAUCGAUGCAACCUAGGUUGAACAUAGAUGAAGCAAACUCUCUUCCUCUAUCGGUGUGAAAUCUUUUAAACCGAUAAAAUGCCUAACGAUUAUCUGUUGGCAUUGGUGGUGUGAUUUGUCUACACAAAUCUCCAAGCAAUAAUCCUAAUGACUUUGAUGUACGAACCAUGGCCUUAGUUGGGAAUGAGUCUCUAAUUUGCUUCCCUGCAAGGCAUGUGUCACACACGACUUCUCCGUGUGUUACACUUGGGAAUGAGAGACAUGUGUCACACACGGCUUUUAUGUGUGUUACACUCGAGAAUGAGUGUCUAAUCUUCUUCUCUGCUAGACAUGCGUCACACACGCUUUCUUCGUGUGUUACACACGACAUUCCUACGACCAUCUCCUUCCUUACCAUGUUGUUCAUCACUCCAUAGCUUAUAUGUCCUAGUCGAGCAUGCCACCCCCAUGUAGCAUCUACGUCCCUGACAUGUAAACACUUCGAGUAGCUUAUCUCCAUAGGGGUCUUGUAGAGACAGUUUGGAGAUCUUGUCACACGAACUAGCAACCUUCCAUGUGAAUCUGUGAGCGUUGAGUAGACAUAUUUUAUGUUAGUCUCACAUCCGUUCUCUGUUGCUUGCCCAAGACUCAAUAUAUUGUGCUUCAGGUGGGAUAUGUAGUAUAUGUCUUUUAGUAUCUUCUUCUCUCCAGUCUUGUACACAAAAGUAACCACACCCUUUCCUACAAUGUCAACACACGAUCUAUCACCAAACUUCACCUUCCCUUUGGUGUUGAGAUUCAAACUCGAAAAAAACUCCUUGUUUUCCAUCAUGUGAUUACUCGCUCCAUUAUCCAAAUAACAGACACUUGCAUUGCCUUUGUCGAUAUCAAGAUUCUUCGGAAUCACCUUAUCUUCGUUCAAAAACACCACCUCGUGUACAUAGAGUGCAUCGGCCUCUUCUGUCUCGUUUAAGUUGGUUUUUUUAUUCUUCUUUGUCUUCUCAGGACAGACAGUUGCGUAGUGACCAGGCUUUACAUAUCUCCAACAUAUCAGCUUGAACGAUUCUUGUUCGAGUUGUUAUCUUUUGUGUGUGACGCAGGUUUUGGUUGUGUAACCUACCUUGACCUCUGCAUCUACCGUUCCAUCCUCUUCCUCUACCACGGGAAUUCUCGUAGUCCCUCUAACUAUGCUGUUCAUUGUUCGAAAACAUCAGCUUCCCUUGGUCUUCCUUCUGAGUUUUUUCUCCUACACGCUCCUCGCACGCCUUAAGCCUUCCAACUAUAUCCUCGAAACCCGUCGAGUUGAGGUCUAGGACUUGCUCAAGCGAUGCUACGAUCUGGAUGUACGUGUGUCUAUGUUUUCUCCCAACGAGGUUGCUUUAGAUGAUAGGCCCGUUAUCUUCCCCGCAAAGUCAUCGACGGUAUCUGAAUCAUCCAUCUUCAACCUAUCAAACUCCGUCACGAAUGUCUGAAGUCUCGCCACCCAUAAAUGAUCAGCUCCUAGGUGUCGCAACUUGAUGGUGUUCCAGAUCUCUUUUGAUGCAGUUUGUUCUCCCACCUGGAGAAUCAAAGUCUCAGGAACAGAUUGAAAAAAAAGAGCUAUCGCAAUAUCGUUCUUCUUUUGAUCAUCUGAACCGGGUUCAAUCGUGUCCCACACUUCAUGAACACGAAGUAGAACCUUCAUCCUCAUCGACCAAACUGUGUAGUUUGUCGAUGACAACAUCGGACAUUGGAUGGAUGUAGAUCCAAAGUCCUUCGUGCGUGGAGCGCUAGUCACGUCCGCCAUCUUGCUUACGCGAUCUCUUGUUCACAAACACCAGGAUCUUAAGCUACAACUUAAGCUUAGAUCGAGUCUCCAACCUGGCGCUGAUACCAAUUCAAAUCUCUUAGGAAACAAAGAAUUAUAAAAACAACUUUUCUUAUUAGCUUUAGAAACUACUCAAAACUAAAGCUCUCAAUGUUUCUCUCUUAGAUCUUUUGGAACACCUCUCCAUUAGACCUAUAUUUAUAUGAAAGACAAUUCCCUUUAACAUGUGAGAUAUGGAAAACACAAACCUAACCUAAAUAAAAACUUCAUUUUUCCCAUUUCUAGGUUUCAUUAUUGUGUUUAUCUUAACAUUAAAUAUCUAAUAAUAUGUUAAGUUUUCACAAGCUUGGAAUUAUCCAACAUAUCGCACAAUGAGGGACAUGUUGAUCACUCAUCCCUCUGUUUCGGUAAGGUAUGUUUCGUUGUUACAAUUGUAUUUGCGUUUUAUUGUUCCUUUCUUCUAGUAUUUUUUCCUCUUUUCUCUUUUCUUUUUUCUUUUUUUUCUUCAUUGUAAUUAAGUUGCUUUGCAAAAAAAAAAAAAAAAAAAAAAUUUGCUUUGCAACAAUUCUGUAAAACUGAAAUUUGGUAUAAAUGUAACAUUUACAGAAAAAAAAAAUGUACACAGGCUCACUACCAAAUUUUAUGACGAGUUAUGAGAUAGUAUAUUUUUUUUUAGAAUAAGUACCAAGUUAUGACAUAUAGUACAUGCCUUGGUACACUCAUUUAUUAAACCUCGGAAUGAUUUUCAUAUUAAAAGAACUUCAAAAUAAUUUUACACUCAUUUGUUGCAAUUGCGACUAUGCACUAAGGGUCUGACGGCUAUGCACUAAAAGUUUUACUGGUUUCCCCUCUACCAUCCACAAAUGCAGCUUUUGCGGUUAGUAGUGGUUAUUGGCAUUUUACAAUAAUUACAAAAAAUGUCACAAAUCGCUUCAAACAGUACAAAACCUCUUAAAUUAAAAGCUUUCCACUAGCAUCUACGAUUGCGGGUGAACAAAUAAAUUUAGAAAUAUUUUUUUUAAUAUUUCAUUUUUAGUUUAAAUUUUAAAACUUACAGAUUAUAAAUAAAAUUUAUGUGCAUUUUUUAUUUUAAUUUAAAUUCAUUAACAGUAUCAUAAUUUAUUUUAUAAAACUUUAAACCAAAAUUAUUCACUAUAAUUUUUAAACGUUAAUACAUAAACGAAACAAAAAAAUAUCUUAAAAUACUAAAAGUUCUAAAUCCUCAAAAGAAAAUAUCUUGCAAUAUCUUAUAAUAGCUUUGAUGGAAGUUAAAAGAAUGGAAGGGAUUCCAUAUGCGAUAUAUCAUAUAUGCGAGUGUUGUGAGAAGUCUGAUUUACGCCAUGAUUGGUUCGAGACCAGACUUACCACACACAGUGGGAGUUGUUAGUAGGUUUAUGUCUAAGCUAUGGAUAGAUUAUUGGAUGAAAUUUAAAUGGAUUUUGAGAUAUAUGAGAAGUGAAUCAAAGACUAAUUUGAGGUCUGUUAAAAUUUGAGAAUGUGUAAUUGAAGGGUUCUCACUUCCUGAUAACAUUACAUAUUUAGACAUAAGAAGAUCGAUUAGUGGAUAUGUUUUCAAUGUUCGGGGUAAUACGGUUUUGUGGAAGUAUAAUCUACAAUCACUUGUAGCUUUGUCGACUACUAAGGCAGAGUAUAUGGCACUAUUGUCAGCAACCAAAGAAGCAAUUUGGUUAAAUGGUAUUUGUGAAGAGUUGGGGUUUCAAACAGGCAGUGCUAAGCUACAUUGCAAUUCAAAGAGUGCUCUAGCCAUAACAAAGAACAAAGUUUUUAUGAGAGGACUAAACAGGUUACUACAAAGUUUCCUUUCAUUUGCGACAUUGUGGAUCAUGUGAUAUUUCUCUGCACAAGAUUCACACAAGCAAAAAUCCAGCAGACUUCCUAGCGAAAGUAUUACCUGGUCCGAAGUUUCAACUAUGCUCUGAACUGGUGAACAUUUUUUGAAGGCAAGAACGGCUCUGUGUAACAACUGUUGUUGUGUUGAUUACCUUGCAAAAGGAAAAGUAAGUGGGGUUAGACAAUAUCAAUUGCAGAAGGUAUUAGUCUAAACUUGCUAUAAGUAAAUCAACCUAAGCUUAGGGUGGAGUUGUUACCUGUGAGUUUAAAGAAAGGCGAAGGUCUCUGUUGGUACUCAGUUUGAGGUGAAAUUUCUUCAGGUUCCUGAAACAGAAAGAAUAUCUCAGUCAGUAAGUGUUCUAGGUCAGUAUGGGUGAAUAUCAGAGGCUCAAUGGUAAACAGAAAGACAAGGUCAAAUGAUUACCUUAUUGGGGCAGUUAAUGGUAAAGCUUGAAGCUUAUGGGGUCAUAUGAUCAGAUAAGGCUGGUUUGACUAAGAUUGAGUACAUGCCGAGAGGUCAGAAGGUCAGAUUUUGGUUUGUCGGUUCAGAUCGGGGACAUAUUAAGAGGUAUGCAUGUUGCAGUCGGUCAGUCUCUUCAAGACCUACAGAAAGGUUAGUCGGUUGAAAUGAUCAAGGAGUUUUAGUCUUAGAAACAGAGGUUAUCGAAAGAUAGAAGAAGAGUCAGAGAGUACAUUGUAACUGCGGUUAGGUUUGGAAGAGUCAGAAGCUGGCUAAGAGGUGAGUGAGAUAAUCAGAGUUUCGCCGAAGUGAAAGCUUUGAAGAGUCGCCGCAAAGAGAAGAGAGAGUGACAUUGAGCUAGGGUCUGGUAGAGAGAGAGAGAGAGAGAGAGAGAGAGAGAGAGAGAGAGAGAGAGAGAGAGAGAGAGAGAGAGAGAGAGAGAGAGAGAGAGAGAGAGUGUUUCAGAGUUAUGUCUGAAAGCUGGAGGUUGUGGAUCUAAUUCAACCAAACUCCGGAUGGGCUUGCGCCUGCCCAAAUAUUCCUUGCUUGCCAAGGCUCCAACCUGAAAGAAAAGGAAACCCCCAAGUCUCUGCCCAGGUUACGGAUGAUGAUUUAAAGAUACAUUUUAUCCAAUGAGAAAAAUUGAUAAGUUUGUUAUAACAGCAUCAUCAACUUGACAAGAAAAACCAACGAACUGAUCAAGCACAUAAAGAGAAAAAGAAAAAGACUUAGCUCAAGAUCGGGAGAGUGAAACUCGACGGAAUUACUAUGGUGGAGAUCAGUCAGAGAUGACAACUCCGGGAGUGAUUUACUGUCUUCAUCUUUUAGAUCUGAAGUUGAGUCAUCUAUUUUAUGUUCUUGUGAUAACUUACUCUGUUUUGGGAAUCACCAUUGUUAUGACAUUGAAGCUUUAUCAAGCAAUCGUGGAGUGAUGUAGCGGAACCUUUUAAGGUUUGGGAAUACUCUUCUCAGUGCUUUUUGUUAGAAGCUCUUUAGGGUUUUGAAAUACUAUUUCCCGUGCUAUAAAGCUCGUUUAUAAAUCUUUUUCUUAUUAAAUCAUCAAAAACUUAAUACAACUCUAAGCAAAAGAAGCCUAUUUUUAUAUGAAAACCAAAUAAUUUAUAAACUAUUAAAAAUCUAAUUAAGAUAAAUAUCGAAAUAAUAAUAAAUUAGAUAAACAUGAUAUUUAGAAUAUAUCCAAAUAUUUUCCCUGCAACAUUCUAUUUAGCCCUCAAAUCUAAACCGUGGUCUUCAACUCAAAAACCUUCAAUACUUAAAAUCUCUACAUGAAAUCUUAUUCUUUUGGGACUCUUCCACAUGUAAUAUUGCUCAAAUAAAAGAAUAUAAAUCAUACAACCUUUAUUUCAGUAAACCAUCUUUAGUGUAGUGGUUUACUUAGCAGUGUAUUGAGUUAGGGGUUUAGGUUCGAUUCAUGGUGGCAGCCUAUUUUUUCUUAUUUUGCUUCUAGCCUUGUGAAAGUCAAGACCGGUGCUGUCUACACGUCUAUGUAGCAGUUCUUGUACACUAGAUCUAGAUUACAAAUGCUAAUUUCACUUUUAACUUUAGUCACAAGAAAAGACCUGUUAGAUAUACACAGGUAAAGAAAAAUUGAGUUUCACAUAUAGAAGUUCAUACAUACACACACACACAAGUAUCUUACUAUAUAUUAAUUGAGAAGUCAAUUUAUUGACUUUUGUUUACAUGUCAAUCAUAUGUGAACUCUUACAAAAUUGUUAUAAUUUGAUUGGUCGAUGAUUUUUAAUUUUUAUUUAUUUUAUUUAGAUCUAAAAAGAAAGGUAAGUCUAUAACCAAUUAAUAUCACUUGCCAAAUAAUUUACAUACUAUUACUAAUAAUGAUUUAUGGUAACUAAUUGUUUAAAUUGUUGAAAGAGAAAUAAAUUGAUCAUUUUUUAUAUUUAUAAAAUACAUAAAAUAAUAACUAACAAACAGUUUAUAUAAAUCAAUAUAAUGAUUUUGUAUUCUUAUUUAAAAGCAUUAUAUUUUGUAUAAAUUAUCAUAAUAAUUAUUAACAUCUUCUAAAGUUCAAUAUUAUAUGCUUUAAUAAAUCAUUUAUAAAAAAAAAUUAUCAAAUUAUUUAUCCUCGCUUAUUGUAUAUUUUAAAUUAUUCUAAGAGUUUGUAAGUCAUCUAUAAGAGCUUAUAAAUUAAUAUAUAAAAUCUUUUUUAAAUCUCAUCGUACUACCCUACUAUAUAUUAAUUGAGAAGUCACUUAUGAGAUUUUUGUUUAUGUGCCGGUCAUUUAUGAAAUCUUAAAAAAUUGUUAUAAAUUGAAUGGUCAAUAAUUUUUAAUUUUAAUUUUUAAUUAUUUUAAUUAGAUUUAAAAGAAAAAUAUAAGUCUAUAAACAGUUGAUAUCCCUUGGCAAAAAUCUACAUAAUAUUACAAAUAAUUAUUUAUGGUAACUAUUUGUUGAAACUAUAGAAAGAAUAAUAAUUUUUGAUCAAUUUUUUAUAUAUUUGUAAACUACAUAAAAUAAGAAACAAUAUUUUUUAUUAAAAUUGAUAUAAUGAUAUUAUAUUCUUAUAUAAAGCCUUAUAUUUGUAUAUUUAAUUAGAUUUAAAAGACAAAAAAUAAGUCUAUAAAGAGUUAAUAUCACUUGGCAAAAAUUUACAUGAUAUUACAAAUAAUUAUUUAUAGUAACUAUUUGUUGAAACUAUAGAAAGAAUAAUAAUGUUUGAUCAAUUUUUAUAUUUUAAAACUACAGAAAAUAAGAAACAAUUUUUUAUUAAAAUUGAUAUAAUUAUUUUAUAUUCUUAUAUAGAGCCUUAUAUUUGUAUGUAAUGUAUUAUAAUAACUACUAAUGUCUAAUAAAAUUCAUACAAGCUUUAUAAAUCAUUUAUAAAAAUUAUAAAUACAUUUAUAAAGGGGAAAUUGUCAAUAAUAGCACCUUUUGAGUUUUUGUCUCAAAAAUGACACUAGAAGGUGAAAGUGACAAAAAUGACAUUCAUUAAAGGGUAAAAUAUCUCAAAUUCUCUUGGUUUAAAAUUAAAUAAACAAACAAAAAUAAAUAAAAA